AUGGUCUCAAGAACAUCAUCAAACGAUUCCUCAUCAUCUUCAUCCACUGAUAAAAUUCCAACAAAGACUGAAUGGGUCCGAUCCAAACCCAUUGAUAUUACCAAACGAUUACCUAAUUUUGACAUUGAUCCAGGCAACGUUGUGAGUGGAACCCGAAGAAGAAAUAAUGUGGAUUAUCACGUUUCAAAUUUAACUGGAAUGCAAGUCACAGUGAAACGAUCAUCGAAAAAUACUUUGGAAAAGAGAGCCAAUUCAUCGUCACCCUCGAAAAUUACAAAAUCAAGAAAGAUGAAAAAGUGA